AUGGCUCCCACCGCUGCCAACCCAAAAGAUUGUCCCGAGUAUGAUCCCAAGAACAUGAUCUUCCGCCGUCUGGGUGGCUCGGGGUUGCGCGUCUCGCUGUUUUCGCUCGGCGGAUGGCUGACGUACGGCGGCACGGUCAACAGCGACGAAACCAAGCAGAUCAUGAAACUCGCUUUCGAGAACGGCAUCAACACGUUUGACACGGCCGAGGUGUACUCGGCAGGUCAGUGCGAGGUCGACAUGGGCAAGGCGAUCCGCGAUCUGAAUCUGCGUCGAAGUGACUUGGUUCUGAUUACCAAGGUUUUCUUUGGAACGGGUGGUAAGGAUCCAAAUGCUCGCGGGCUGAGCAGGAAGCACAUCAUCGAAGCUGCUACUGCAUCGCUUGAGCGUUCUGGUCUGUCGUACUGGGAUGUGAUCAUGGCGCACCGCCCGGAUCCCACGGUUCCCAUGGACGAGAUCGUGCGCGGAUUCAAUCGUCUGAUCGAGAGCGACAAGUGCUUCUACUGGGGCACCUCGGAGUGGUCUGCGCAGCAGAUUGAGGAGGCGCACUCGGUCGCUAACCGUCUCAACCUCAUCCCACCCAUCGCCGACCAAUGCCAGUACAACAUGUUCCACCGCGAACGCCCCGAGAAGGAGUACGAUCCGCUGUACAAAUCGCACAGCUACGGCACCACGAUCUGGUCUCCACUGGCCUCGGGUCUGCUAACAGGUAAAUACAACAACGGCAUACCUGCGGGGUCUCGCUUUGAUACCAACAAGAGCUUCUUCGAUAACACGGUCAAAGAGCUUCAAACCGCUGAGGGUCAAGCCAAGAUUGAGAAAGUGAAAAAGUUGACCGAGAUUGCCGACAGUUUGGGCACCAAGGUGACCAAUCUAGCUCUCGCUUGGUGCGCUAAAAACCCUAACGUCUCGACCGUCAUUCUGGGAGCUUCCAAGCCGGAACAGAUCAUCGAGAACCUCAAGUCGCUGGAUCUGAUCGAAAAGCUGACACCCGAUAUCAUGUCGCAGAUCGAUGAGGUGUUGGGCAACAAGCCCGCCCUGCCUCCGCUGUACGGAAGGUAA